CAGGUGCUGCGGGCGGACGGGCUGGCGCUGAGGUUCGCGCCCGAGCAUGGGGGACUGCCGCGCGGAGGUCCGGUGCAACAGGAAGGCGGUUUUGGAGGCCGUCAGGCAAAACGGUGACGCGCUGGAGUUUGCGUCGGAGGAGCUCCGGGACGAUCCCAGGGUGGCCCUCGAGGCCGUGCGGCAGUGUGGCGCGGCCCUGGGCCGCUGCUCCCCGCGGCUGCGCGGCGAGAAGGACCUCGCGCUGGAGGCCAUGGCGGUGGACGGCUGCGCCUUGGCCAUGGCUUCCGCCGAACUGCGCGCGGACCGUGGGGUCGUGUCGGCGGCCGUGGCGCAGAACUGGAGGGCGUUGGAGUUCGCGCUCAUCCAGGUGUGCCUGGACGACGCGCUCGCCGCCGUGGCGCAGGACUGGCACGCCAUCGAGCUGCUCGUGGGCCACCGGGCCGGCCCGCCCCCGGAGGACGAGCUCGUGCUGCUCGCCGAGCGCAGCCCGGCCGUGAUCCAGGCGCCGCAGCUCCGCGGCCUGCGCCCGGUGGUGCUGGCGGCGGUGCGGCAGGACGGCCUGGUGCUGCACUACGCCGCCCCGGGGCUCCGCGGCGACCGCGAGGUGGUUCGCGAGGCCAUCGAGCAGAACCCGGAGGCUCUCGAGCACGCGGCGCAGCCGCUGCGCGGGGACCAGGACCUCCGCAACGCGGCGCGCUGGCGCGCGGCGCGGCUGCAGUGGGCCGAGGCCGAGAGAAUAGCUUUGGAGGCCGAGGCCGCCGAGGCAGAGGCCGCCGCCGCGGCGGCGGACGAGGGCGACGGAGAAGACGCCGGAGAACUGCAGGGCGGCGCGGACCGCGGGCCGGACGCCGUGCACGCGACGCGGACGGCGCCCUUCUGAGGGGGGGGCUCCGUCGCGGGGUUCUGUCCAUCCCCGACCCCCCUCCGCGACGUCGGGCGGCGCACAGUAGGAGGCGCCAGACGGGGCUAGGGCGAGAAUUCAUGCGCCCAGACAUGCUGGCGUCGCGACGAGAUCACGGCGGAGUGUUUUUGACCGUCUUCGGCUUCUGGGGGCCCUCCUGGGU